AUGGCUCAGAGCAGCGGAUCCCAGCUCCUGCUCAACAUGUACCUGACAGAUCCAGUUGGUGAGAGUUUCCUUAAGGAAUCGAAAUCUCAGACUUGGAGACCAUUUGCUUCUGGGGUGCAAAAAGGCAGCGGACAGAUCCAGCUUUGGCAGUUUCUCCUGGAGCUUUUGUCAGAUCAUGCCAACACCAACUGCAUCGCUUGGGAAGGGACAAAUGGCGAAUUUAAGCUGACAGAUCCUGAUGAGGUCGCCCGGCGCUGGGGAGAACGGAAGAGCAAACCUAACAUGAACUAUGACAAGCUGAGCCGCGCCCUACGCUAUUACUAUGAUAAAAAUAUAAUGGCCAAGGUCCACGGGAAGAGAUACGCCUACAAGUUUGACUUUCACGGCUUGGCACAAGUAUGCCAGUCUACGCCCACUACAGAGCAAACCUUGUACAAGUUCCAGGGCAAUCUGCCCCAUUUACCCUUCCCUGGCUUGUCCAAGCUCAAUCUCAUGGCGUCCGGCGUCUCUCCUGGUUUCUCCUACUGGCCCGGUUCCCCUCCGGCACUCUACCCAAGCCAUGGGUUACAGUCCCCACCAGGUGGAUUCAGUGCCAUGUCUGGCCAACAUCUCGGAUCAAUCAACAACAUGAACAGUGUUGGCAAUAUGAAUACACAUUAUCAUUAACUAUUCAACCUUUGAUUAACAGUAGCCACUGAGCAGAUUUACAACCUAAAUCAACAUGCUAAACUAACAUAUAUUGGAAUGGAGGCCAAGAGAAAGGGUCAAAAUGCCAAAGACGUGGUACAGUAGAGUUAUUUUAAAAUGUUUUCUUUAUUACAAAAGA